AGCAGCGCGCGAUCCUCGGCGCGGAUAGUCGCGCGAGGAACUUUCGGAAUUAGUAUUUCAUAGUUAAACGCUGUGUCCCCGUAGGCCGUAGGCCGUAGGCCGUAGGCUGCGUCAAGUUCCCACGUUGGCUCGGCAAGAAGCGAUUAAUUUACCAUCACAUACAUUCACGAGUACACAUUGAACUUGAUCCCACCCCUGGCGAGCGUGGGUCGCGUUGGAGGGAGCGCGCGACCGAUGGUGGGAGCGACGGUGAGUCGAGCGGCGGGGAGGAAAGCGCGCGCAGGCCUCUCCCCUCCGUCCCCACCAGGACGCGACGGGCAGCGCAGGAGAGGGGCGCCGCGACGUCAGGCCCAGAGCUGGUCCGUCCGUCGUCCGGCCGACUCGAGGCACCAGAGCUGCGGAUUUCGCGCGAGAUAUACAACCAUAAACACACAUAUACACAGGUUCGCGCACGUACGUAGCCACGCACGCACGCACGCACGAACUCACGAACGCACGAACGCACGAACGCAAGCACGCACGCACGCACGCACGCACGCACGGACGCACGGACGCACGGACUCACGGACUCACGGACGCACGGACUCACGCACGCAGCCAAGCAACUACGUAGCCAAGCACGAACGAACGUGUAAGCACGCACGCGGUGUCCCGCGUGGACAGACGGACAGAGUCUCUCGCCCUCUCGGUGGUACACGUGCGCACACCGGUCUGUGUCGUAGCUGAUCCACGGGUAGAAAAAAAGAGUCGAGUGUGUGAGAAAAUAGGAAACACGGUACGGACGUAUCGUCAGUGGAAGAGAAAAAGAGAGUUGGUCGCGCGCGCCACGUGCCGUCUCGAGAAACUCGACGAGUGCCGCGAGAGCUUUCCGGGAUGGCUCGAGUGUGUUAUUACUGGCCGAGUUGAAACGUCGCCGGUUCUUUCCGCAUGGGAUCGUUCAGGAAGUGGAUUAGCGCGCGAGGGGAGGUGUGGCUCCCUGACAGUGUCGAUGGUGAAGUACAGCAGUGAUUCGAUCAACCUGCGACCGGAAUCGUCGAGUGCGGAAUCGACGCGGUCCUCGCCGCGGCGUGGACCGAUCGCGCGUCGGCCCGUCCCAGCGAGAUAUUAGUCCCGAUUCGUUGCCCUUGACAAACUGGAUCACCGCCGGUCGCCAACAAUCCAAAAGCAAUCAACAGGCUAGAAGGAAUGUCACGGAGAAAGCAAGCUCGACCAAGCCGUGCCCACCUCGAGGAGGAUCUUGUCCAUCAGGGCCCCCUGCUGAUCAAUGCCGUACGAAACGUGAACCAGACCCGUGAAGAAAAUGAGUUUACGUCGGAUGGCGAGGAGAGUGGCGGUGGAGGAGUCGGCGGAGACGAAGCGGUGGACCUCACGGCAUCCAGGUGCCAUCAGGGCGAGGAGGACGACAAGGAUCAGGAAGACGCUUUGGAGGAGGAUGAAGAGGAAGGCGUGGACGAGCAGGACGAGCAAGAUGAUGACGAGGAAGGAUCGCGCAAGCAAAUGCAUCACAGGCAGGAUGCGGAGAACAACAACAAUUUCGUAGAAGGUGGAGCCGCUGGCGGCCUGUUCCCGCCCGCUGGAACCAGUCAUGUGACCCUGGAAGCUCUGCAGAACACGAAAGUGGCGGUGGCUCAGUUCGCGGCGACGGCGUUGGCCGGUGGCGCGGACAGCGAGGCCGCUCUGCAGGACUUGGCGUUGCUUCAAAGCACCCUGUACACCUUGCAACAUCAGCAAGUGUUUCAACUGCAGCUGAUCAGCCAACUGCAGCAGCAACUGUCCAUCACGCACAAUCAGUCGGUGCAACAGCAAGGCCCGGGUGAGCCGUCGGAUAGCAAGGAGAUAUCUCCGUCGCCGAUCAUCCAGCCUAAACCUUUGUCGAGCCUAACGUCGCCUCCGUCGUCGCGUCCACCGAGUCAUCGGCAAACCUCGCCGGCUCCCGUGACGCCGAACCUGGCUCAGGAAAGACCCACGCCGACCAGCAGCGCGUCCCCGUUGAACAUCCCGUUGGCGUCGUCGAACGCGACCGGCACGACCUCGACUACCAGUACCAGUAGCCAGAUGCCGAUGUCUCAUCAGAUACCGCCUCUCUGUUCGAUCAGUUCUUCCCUAGCUUCGUCCAUCAUAACCAACACCGAUCCGCCACCGUUGCACGAGCCGAACACCCUGGAGAUGCUGCAGAAGAGAGCGCAGGAGGUGCUGGACAACGCGAGCCAGGGACUUUUGGCGAAUAACCUGGCCGACGAGCUGGCGUUCAGAGGUGGAAAAGGCUCCCGUCUCUCCCCGUACGAUUCAAAGUCUGGUAGCGGUCGCGGCGAGCCAUUCUUCAAGCACCGAUGCCGGUAUUGCGGCAAGGUGUUCGGCAGCGACUCGGCGCUUCAGAUCCACAUACGAUCGCACACAGGUGAGCGACCCUUUAAAUGCAACGUCUGCGGCAGCCGCUUCACCACGAAAGGGAACCUGAAGGUCCACUUCCAGAGGCAUACGGCCAAGUUUCCACAUGUUAAGAUGAACCCGAAUCCCGUUCCGGAACACCUGGACAAGUACCACCCACCCUUGCUACAACAAAUCGCCUCCGGUCAGAGACCGAUGCCGUCACCGCCACCGCCACCACCUUCUCACCAUCCCUCUUUUCACCCGGCGGCGGCGCACGGUUUCUUACCACCUCAGCCGCCCUUGCCGCUCAGUUUAGCCCUUCCCGGUAUGCCACCCUUGUACAGAUCGCCGGUUGUCGCUCAUCGGGACGAUCAGGACGUGCCGGAGAACCUGAGCAAACCCGUUACCACUGCCCCGAUCACCUCGCCACAUUCCCCCGCGGUUGUGUCCAAUUCUCGUCAUUCCUUUCACGACAAUCACCAUCACCACCACAACCAACAACAACAACAACAACAACAACAACAUCAAAAGCAGCAGCUCGAGCAGAGGGACGAGAUGAAGCUGGAGCAGCGAUCGCCUAUGCAGGAACAAUACCAACGACAGCAACGAUCUAUGAGCCAGGAACCGACCGAGAGGAUAACGCCGAAGAAAGAGCCGGAGGAGGCCGAGGAGCCCACGGAGGAGGAGAGCGAGGAUUUCGAGGAGACGACCAGACGGUAUUUAAAUUCACCCCAAUCCUCCGUCAAUCCACCCUCUCAACCGCAGACUUACGAAGACUGUAGCAUGGACAGUAAGAUGAGCGGUCGACUGGAGGGUGACGGCGACAUGGAAGUCGACGAGGAGAUCGAGGAGCAGCCGGAAAAUUUGUCCGGUCGUGGAACCAUCAAUCGUUUGCCGCAACACGUUGUCGCGUACCCCGGCGCCUCCCCUGCGAGUAGUAGCGCGAGCAGUGGAAGCCUUCAAACAUCGUUCGCGGGAAUUCUGUUCCCAGGGCCACCGGCGCACCAUCAAAUACCCCAUCACGCCGCACCACCAGCCGUAAACGCGUCCGCCGCCGUCUCUACCAACGAGAUGAUCGAUCCGGCCAAGGAUCCGGCUAUCUAUUCCAGUCUGUUGCCACGGCCGGGCAGCAACGACAACUCCUGGGAAAGUUUGAUCGAGAUAACCAAGACCUCGGAAACGUCCAAGUUGCAGCAGUUGGUCGACAACAUCGAGCACAAGCUGACCGAUCCUAACCAGUGCGUUAUCUGCCACCGUGUGCUGUCCUGCAAGAGCGCACUGCAGAUGCAUUACAGGACUCACACGGGCGAGCGUCCGUUCAAGUGCAAGAUCUGCGGCCGGGCGUUUACCACCAAGGGAAACUUGAAGACUCACAUGGGCGUUCACAGGGCGAAACCGCCGCUCAGAAUGUUGCAUCAGUGCCCCGUUUGUCACAAGAAAUUUACCAACGCGUUGGUGCUUCAGCAGCACAUACGAUUGCACACCGGCGAGCCGACGGAGCUCAGUCCGGAGCAAAUUCAAGCCGGCGAGGUGAACGAGUUCCCGCCGGGUUAUCCGCACCAUCCGUUGGCGUCGUUCCUUCCUCAAGGCUUUCCACCGAUUCAUCCCGCGGGACCUGGAUUCCCGUUAAGCUUUCCUCCAACUCGCCAACAGCUGGAGAGACAGGCUCAGGAAAACGACAUCGACGCGAAGGACGAGCCCCAACAGCAUCAUCAUCAACAACAACAGCAUCAGCAUCAGCAGCAGCAGCAGCAACAGCAGCAGCAACAGCAACAACAACAGCAGCAGCAGCAUCAGCAGCAACAGCAUCAGGCAAGGUACGCGGAGGAGCACAGCGAGGAAGCGGACGACCAGGAGGACGAGGAGGACGAUCGCAGAGAGGAGGACGAGAGGUGCAAUCGCGACGCGAGUCGCGGCGACCUAGAGGACGAGCAGGAUCGCGAAAGCGAAGAAAACGAUCACAAGGACGUGUCUUUGCCCAGCUUCUCGACCUCGCUGGCCGCUCUCGAGAAUCAGGUGCGAACGAUCACGACGACAGCCGCAUCGACCAUAGGAAACGCCGCCAGGUCGCCGCCGUUUCACCGUUACAACGGCAGCGAGAAGAGCAACAGUCCGCCGAAUCCUGGCGCGCCGUUAGAUUUGACGCCUCGGGCAUCGUCCACUCCGGCCUCGGUGGCGUCAGUGCCAACGCCACCUCCGCAAACCACCACCCACCAUCCGCAUCCGUUCGGCAUGUUCGCAGGCCUGCUGCAAGCGGUCUCAUCGUCGCCGUCUACCAGCAGCAUCGGUUCGUCGAGCAUAAACAGCGUCAGCUCGAUAAACGCCGUGACUCCUGGAAGCGGCGCCGCCGGGCCCUUGGCUUCCCUGACCACGUCAGCCGUGUUGGCUGCUACGUCCACCUACAACCCGCUCGGCCUGGCUGUCGGAGGGCCAGCAGUGCGUGGAAACACCACGUGUAAUAUCUGCUACAAGACAUUUGCGUGCAACUCCGCGCUGGAGAUUCAUUACCGGAGCCACACGAAGGAACGACCUUUCAAAUGCAGCAUAUGCGACAGAGGCUUUUCCACAAAGAACGAUGGUUCCGGGCAGCAAGCAUGCAUCUGUGCGUCUCAACCGUUGCCCGCUAACAGUUCGAUCACUUCACCCGAUCCUCAAUUUGGAUCAGCGUGCGCCAGUAGUCGAGAAAAAGCGAAACGCAGGCGGCGGCGGCGACCUGAGGAUCGGAAGAACCGGGGGCGGAAAGGAGCCGGAGGGGGGCGGGGGCUGACGCCUGUCUAUCCUGCCAUCCGCCUACCCCCGCUGAUGUCGCCCGCCCUCGGACUUCUACCCUCGGCGCACGGCCUCCUGGGGAACAUGAAGCAGCACAUGCUGACUCACAAGAUCCGCGACAUGCCGCCGCAUUUGUUCAGCGACUCGAAGCAGCAACACCAACAGCAAUCUCAGGAGCACGAAACCUCGAGAAGUCCGAUGUGCGCGGAGGAUUCGAGCUUACCGCCGCCGCCGCCACCGCCCCCACCGCCUCCUCCACCGAUGCCUCCGACUUCGAUGGAACAAAGCAUCGCCGUGAAGAGAUCGCCGCCAGAGGGGGAGCUGCCAGCACCAAAGAGACCAGCCAGCGUGCCGAGCAAACACUUGUGCCAGAUUUGCAAUAAGAAUUUCUCCUCAUCUUCGGCGCUGCAGAUCCAUAUGAGAACUCACACAGGCGACAAACCGUUCCGAUGCACCGUCUGCCAGAAGGCCUUCACCACCAAGGGCAAUCUCAAGGUACACAUGGGUACCCAUAUGUGGACCAACGGAGCUUCUCGACGAGGUCGUCGAAUGUCCCUGGAUCUGCCUCCCCUACCCAUCACUCCCAAGGACUCGGAGUUUCUGCAGCGUCGGCCGGAUCUUUUCUAUCCGUAUCUACCCGCGCCAUUCCUUAACGGCGUGCAGCAGAAGCUGAACGAGAUCUCGGUGAUUCAAAGCAACAACGGUCUACCGAGUCACUCCGUGGCCGCUGGCAAGUACGCUGGAUUAUUCGGCUCGGUGUACGCGGCUGGAGCUGGCUUCCCCCUGGACAAGCAACCGAUGGUGGCAGCGAACAGUAACGGACCGCUGCUCGACGGCAAGUCCUCGAUCCCGUCUGGGUCCAUGCUCUUUCAAACGCCAUCGCCCUCCCACUCACCAGGCACGCCAAGUUCCAACGGAAGCAAUCAGAGCAGCGCGAACGUGUCCUCGUGGACAGGCGACGCUCUUCAGCAUCAUUUCGACAGGGAGCCGCCGACCAGGUCGGAGGGCAACUCGACUCCGCCUUCGGCUCGACUUCCGCCGCCCGCGGCGGCCAGGGGUGAAGGACUGGCCACGUGAACCUCCGUCAACGACACAUAUCCUUCUUCCUCGAGGCUUCACGUUUUCGGUGACUGAACUCCGUCCUGGCUGUCAUACAGACAUAGAGACAGAGAGAGAGAGAGCGAAAGAGACCGCGAGAGAGAGAGAGAGAGAGAGAACGAGAGAGAGCGAGAGAGAGAGAGAGAGAACGAGAGAGAGAGCGGGAGAGCGGGAGAGAACGAGAAAGAGAGAGAGAGAGAGAGAGAGAGAGACGUUUAUAUGGAGCCGGAAGUAGUGUUUCAGUGCAUUUCGCGAGCCGAAGAACUCGGACGUGUCGAACGUCCGACGACAUAUCUUUCUUGAUCCCCAGAGCCAGAGCAGAUACCAUGUUCCUAUUGUCACACUAGUCUUAAACGCGAUCGAGAGGACCUUGGAAGGAGCACGAACUUCGAUAACCGGGUCCCUCUUGAGAACUCUUCUCCGCGUCACGUGCUUUCGCACGAGGGACGACGGACGCGGUGCCUAGACUGAGUCCACGAGGGCCGCAAGACACGUGGCGCCGCGACGUCCUGGCCCUCCACACUCUGACCGUCCAUACGCGACAGUGGUGGUCACCUCACACUUAGAGUUAUCGUACGUUAUUAUUAUAAAAUACGCCUAUACGGGGUAUAUUGUCUGAUCGAUACCACCUCCGAACGUUGUGGUUCUCGUACGCGAUGAAACACGGAGGUUAAAACGCGCGUCGUCGUCCAUUUCAAAAUUUCGGUGUCGAUUAGAAUCUCGAGCCGAUCUCCGAUUUCAGCAUUUGACUUUAUUUCGUGAACGAAGAUAAGAAUGUCCGAGGUACAACCGCCGGUUAUACGAGAUAUCCCGUACAGGAAGAUAUAAAUAUAUACAUAAAGAAAGAAGAUGAUAUAUAUAUAUAUAUAUACAUAAAUAUAUAUAAAUAUAUAGAUAUAUAAAUAUUGUAUCGGUGCGAAGAGGUAUGAGUUGUAUACACGUGCGAGUACAUGCGUCGCUUUCUUUCUCUUUUCUUUUCUUUUUCUUUUUUUCUUCUUUUCUUCUUUUCUUUUCUUUUUUUUUUCCCCCUUUCCCUCCGAGUGAACGGCGUUUUUAGGAGUUUCGAAGCGGGCCCGGCAGCGCCCUCGCUGUGAUAUGAGAGGAGCAGCCUGCAAUCAUUUAAACCAAUGUACUUAUACUUUGUAUCAUAGUAUUAUUAUUUACACUGGAUGUACAGCGCGCACCGCCAACGUGUCCCGUCGUUAUUUUAUACGGAAAGACAGCCGACGUCGUUUUGCGUUCCCCCCGUACCCAUCGAUCUCGAGUGUUUUCCUAGGUCCAACACCUCGUUCAACUGCCGUUCGGUCAAACUGCGAUUCUUUCUCGGUCAACGAGAUGCAUGGUUACGCGUAGAAUCGACGCUGUGUUUAUACGGAAUCCACGAGACUGGUCUUCCUCUUUCUUCUAAUUUCUUCUUACCGAAGAUAAGUAUCGAUAUAAGAUAAGUUGCACGGUAAACCAACUUCCGACGAUGAUCCAUCGACGAUCGAAUUGAAAGAAACAGAUAUUUAAACCGUGAGUAACUUUGGUAAAGUUUAUAUAAACGUUUGUUUAGGCUUUUUAUCUGAUUUGUCAUCGAACGUGAAAGAUCGUAAGUAUCUAAAAAAGAAAGCAAUCCUGGUGGAUCGCAGGAUGGAAAAAGCUAAUGCGGGACAAGCGACGUUAUUUUCUACGCGCGUAGAAAGCUCGGAUUCUCGUAGAGUUACGUCGAAGCGCGCCAACGAUAACGUCACUUGGCCCGAGCGUGUGUUUGUUAGGAAUCGUGGAAACGGAAGUGAAAAGCAAGCAACGCUUGGAAAUGGAUAUUACGCGAGCUCAGUGGUAACGAAGAGACGCGUAACCUCGUUUAGGAAGGCCGCGUGGCGAAAGAGAACGGAAAUUCGAAGAAAGGAUUUGUUAUCGGUAAUCGUACGUUGGGAAGAAAUCUAUCGAAUAGGAUGCGAAUACGAGGCGAUCGAACAGGCAUACGUGGUGUGCGACGGUGUGCGACUGUGCGCGAUCGAUCGCCAUCGAGUUCGUUCGUACUCGAAAAGUAAUACUCUCGUGUAUAAUGGCUUUCCUGUAUGUUCUCGCGUUUAGUCGUUUUAAAUGCGAACAAAGGAUAGGAUAAAUAAAUAAAAAUACUAAUAAUAGAUGAGAUACGAUACGCAUGUAAAGAAACGUGUAAAAAGUAACGAUAGCAAUGCUGCAUACGUGUGUCCAUUAAGCACUUUACGUAAUUUAUCUGAUUUUUAACUAGCUUAGACGUAACUUUUUAAGAACUCGGUCGAUUCGACAACUCUCGUUGCAAAACAAGAGGAUAAUAACAGGAGCCACGGUGUAUCGCGGUUCUGGCGGUCUGCCGGUCUACCGGUCUCCACGGUGGCUAUACGUUGAUCAAGAAUUGCGGAAAACGACUAAUUAUUUUACGAUCGAGGACGUUAGAUAGAAAUGCUUGGCGAAUUUCAGACGAAAGUUUCGUACGAAGAUACGCAGAUACUGUGUAGCUAGCGGUGGAAAUAAAAAAUAUAUAUAUAUAUAUAUAUAUAUAUAUUUGAACAGAAUUAGCCUUUUCAACAAAUUGAAAGGAGAAAAUAUAUUUGAAAGAUAUUCGAUAGAACCGUCUGUGGUUUGCGCGCUAAUUUCUCUCUGUUUAAUUUAAUUAAUUUCGAUUCUCUCUGUUUUCGCAUUUCUUAAUCAAUUUCUUAAUAAUAAAUUUCAUUCCAUCGCUGUAUCCGCGUAAAAGUGAGAAAACCGCGAACCAGAUGAAAGAAAACUAGCUACGGCUGGAAACUAACGGCUUCGAUCGCCAGGAAUAAAGCGGACAGAUUUGUACGAGCAGUGUAUGGAGGAACAAGCAGCCGAAAGAACAAAGGGUACGAGUGUCUUUUAACGUUCUCGCGUAAACGUGUUUCUGAAAAUAUGGUGGCUCGCGAAAUGGAAUCGAUUCACAGUUGACCGUCUGCCAGUGACGGUCGAAUCCACGCCUUCGGCAGUAUUUCGUUUCUUACGUUCGUUAUGAAAUUCACUGAAAAAUCAUGUCGAUAAACAUACGUGUCUAUUUGUACGACGGUUUUACGAUAUGCGUUUAUUUUACGAUAGUGAUCGUUCGUCGUGCGAAUCCACGAUAAAGGAAAUUAAUUGCGAUAAUUUGUAAGGAAACUCUUUUUGUAAAGAAACACGGUCCGAUAAUGAUUGUCGAUUCAUCCGGCAACAAUGAGAAGAGAAAAUGAAAGAAGAACAAGAAACCGUAUUAAAUAAAUUUGUGUUAGAAAGGAAAAGAAGAAAACGAUACGAUUGAUAAUACUAGGAGAGAGCGCUCGAGAGUGUAAAAGAUAGUGUUUAGGGAAACAAUCAAAAGUCUCCUUUCUCACAGUGACUAUCGUAUACAUGUAUACGUGUAUAUAGAUACCGUUGUAAAUAACAAACACACGAUAAGUAUAAAAGGCAAAAAUGUCGGGUUAGAGAAGUGGAUGUAAGUCGUUAGUGUGCUAUUAAAAAUGUUUCGUAAGUUAAGUGGAACGUUUGCUAGUUUCACGAGUGCAGAUGUUUCGCGUGCUUGCACAAUGGUUUGCGUUUUUAAAUUAAGGAAUGGACGAGAGAAAAAAGAAAAAAGAAAAAAGAAAAAUGAAAAACGCAAAAGGAAAAGAAAAGAAAAGAUGGGAAAGGGGGCACGGAAAGGCUGGCAGCUAUUCCCCGAUUGCAAGUCCUGUGAAGUUGUCCAAAACAAAAAGUAUUGCUUGUACGAUCUUAGGUUUUCUGUACAUAUUGUAUAAUCCAUGUAUAAACACGAAUCUUGCUAGUUACGCAACUUGUCUCAUUGUAGUUGAAUUACGUUACGGAUCAUUAUAUCUAUAUCACUUCAACAAUAAACAAUUAUUAUGAGAACGAGU